GCACGGUGGGAUGGUCUGACAGGGCGCAUAACCUUCAACAAAACGGAUGGCUUACGAAAGGAUUUUGAUUUGGACAUUAUUAGCCUCAAGGAGGAAGGAACAGAAAAGGCUGCUGGCGAGGUUUCUAAUCAUUUAUAUAAAGUGUGGAAGAAGAUUGGGGUUUGGAACUCAUACAGUGGCCUUAACAUGACGGACAGCAACAAGGACCGAUCGACCAACAUCACCGAUUCCUUGGCUAACCGGACACUUAUUGUCACCACCAUUUUGGAAGAUCCCUAUGUUAUGUACAAGAAGUCUGACAAGCCCUUGUAUGGAAAUGACAGAUUCGAGGGUUAUUGCCUGGACUUACUAAAGGAGCUCUCAAAUAUUUUAGGCUUCAUCUAUGAGGUCAAACUAGUUUCUGAUGGUAAAUAUGGAGCCCAGAAUGACAAAGGAGAGUGGAAUGGGAUGGUCAAAGAACUCAUAGAUCAUAAAGCUGAUCUGGCAGUUGCUCCUCUCACUAUUACUUAUGUAAGAGAGAAGGUAAUUGAUUUUUCCAAGCCCUUCAUGACGCUGGGAAUCAGUAUCUUGUACCGGAAGCCCAAUGGGACAAACCCUGGUGUUUUCUCCUUCUUAAACCCUCUUUCUCCUGAUAUUUGGAUGUAUGUUCUCCUAGCCUGCCUUGGAGUCAGUUGUGUCCUCUUUGUCAUUGCAAGGUUUACACCAUAUGAAUGGUAUAACCCCCACCCCUGCAACCCAGACUCAGAUGUGGUGGAAAACAAUUUCACUUUACUAAAUAGUUUCUGGUUUGGAGUUGGAGCUCUCAUGCAGCAAGGAUCAGAGUUGAUGCCCAAAGCUCUUUCUACCAGAAUAGUUGGAGGAAUAUGGUGGUUUUUCACCUUAAUCAUAAUCUCAUCUUAUACUGCCAACCUGGCUGCCUUCCUGACUGUGGAGAGGAUGGAAUCCCCCAUUGAUUCAGCAGAUGAUUUGGCAAAGCAAACCAAGAUAGAGUACGGGGCUGUUAGAGAUGGAUCCACAAUGACCUUCUUCAAGAAAUCCAAAAUAUCAACAUAUGAGAAGAUGUGGGCAUUCAUGAGCAGCAGGCAGCAGACAGCACUGGUGAAGAACAAUGACGAGGGAAUCCAGCGUGUGCUCACAACAGACUAUGCACUGCUCAUGGAGUCAACCAGCAUAGAGUAUGUGACUCAGAGAAACUGCAAUCUCACCCAGAUUGGAGGGCUCAUCGAUUCGAAAGGCUAUGGCGUGGGAACCCCUAUUGGGUCUCCUUACAGAGACAAGAUCACCAUCGCCAUCCUCCAGCUCCAGGAGGAGGGAAAGCUGCACAUGAUGAAGGAAAAGUGGUGGCGAGGCAACGGCUGCCCUGAGGAGGACAGCAAAGAAGCCAGUGCUCUCGGGGUGGAGAAUAUUGGGGGCAUCUUCAUAGUGCUUGCUGCAGGGCUUGUUCUUUCGGUGUUUGUAGCCAUUGGUGAAUUUAUAUAUAAAUCAAGGAAAAACAGCGAUAUUGAGCAGUGUCUUUCUUUCAAUGCGAUAAUGGAGGAGCUUGGAAUUUCACUCAAGCAUCAGAAGAAGUUAAAGAAAAGGUCACGAACGAAGGGGAAAUCUUCAUUCACAAGUAUCCUUACUUGUCACCAGAGGCGGACACUGAGGAAAGAAACCAUAGCAUGAGGAAGAGACACCCCUUUGAGGAAAAACAAAAAAAAAGCAAAAACAUUGCUGCCUACAAGUUGAUUGUGGUGGGAUUUCUGAAAUAUAGACAUUUACCUUGUCCUUCAGAAAUUCUUUGUGGUUUCUUUUUUUAAUCUAGAGGUACAACAGUUUAAAUGCUCAUAUAGACUGAUGUACUACUAAUCAUCUGGGAAGUGUCUCAUUGUUUCUUUUGAGAUGGAUUUGUAUGCUCAUCUGUUUUGCAUCUCUCUUCCCCUCCCCAUGCAUUGCUGUACGUGCUUUCUAAAUAAAUAAACAAGAGACAGGGUUCUUUUUUCCAAUAA